AGCGGGUGUUUUUGAAUGAGAACUGGUCUUUAUGUACAAAACAGGGUACAUAGACUGGAAAAAAUGGAAUCCUUUGGAAACCAUGCGGCCGCUGGUGGUAAGCUUGAUAGUUCGCAACGAGAGCAGUUGAUGGGCCAAGUGAAGUCACAAAUAGCUCUAGCCAAUGCUCAAGAAUUACUGCAAAAAAUGACGGAUAAGUGCUUCAAAAAAUGUAUAUCCAAACCAGGAACAUCCCUUGAUAACUCCGAACAGAAAUGUAUUGCAAUGUGCAUGGAUAGGUAUAUGGAUGCCUGGAAUACGGUGUCCCGAGCCUACAAUCAAAGGUUACAACGAGAACGCAAUCGAUGAUAAUGGUGGUCUUUGGGAACACAUUAUAUUGAAUUUAUCUAGUCGUUUUCUUUUUAAUAAUUAAACUGUACGAACAUAAGAAUUGACACUGCUCUUGAAUCAUUUGAAGUGGAAUUUGUGUUUAUUGUACAAAGAUUGUAUUUCAGUACCAUGUACUGUAUAUUGUUUAUUAAAGGAUAAACAGAGGAGUUGAAAGUGUCAGUGGCAUGGAGAAUUAUGAAGAGAGAUUAUAGCAAGCAGUAGCUAUUUUGUUUAAGGUUGCCCAAGGCCAACUGACCCAAAAGCAAACUUUUUUAUAAUGUAAAUGUAAGGAGCUCAAAAUAUUUGUAAACUCUAAUAUGAAAAUGGCAUUUUUCAAGCUUUAACUCAUAAUAUUUGACCAUGGAUUUAAGCCCAUCAGUUUUCAUUUUACUAAGCAAAAAGUAUUAGAUGAAUUCGAGAAUUAGGAAGAAACAUACAGUAAAAACAAAUGUGACUGAAUUACUUUCAGUCUGCUUGGGUAACACUAUAUUUGCUUAGCUUAUACAUAUUAACAUUUCCUUAUCAAGUUGUAUUGAGGGAAAUGGCAUUACAUACAAUGUGAGAGAUCAAAGUUCUAACUUGACAUUAUUGAUGUUAUUAUUAUUAGAGUUAUUAUUAAGAAUUUACUACCAAUAACGAUGAUUAACAAAUGGUGCAGUACAAA